AUGGUUACCAUUGUUUCACACAUCUCUGAUUAUUUUGAGCAAUUCAAUAGUUCGUUAACGGAUACAUUCAAACACUCAUCUCAACCCAACGAUGUGUCACCUUUAUUCUAUGUCUUUGACUUCGAACGGUACAGUGAUCAAAUGGCAACUCUACGCGAUUUGCGUACAUACAUGAUUCAACGCUGGCAUAAUAGUUUCUUCUAUGCAAUAGCCUAUCUAUUUUUAAUAUAUACUGGUCAGAUUUAUAUGAAGAACAAACCACGCUUCGAAUUACGUUUAUGGUUAGCAGCAUGGAGUGCUCUAUUAGCCGUUUUCUCCAUCUUCGGAGCUAUGCGCGUUCUACCCGAAUUGAUCUAUGUCAUCUACAAACAUGGCAUCAAGUACUCGAUUUGUAACAAUUCGAAUGCAUUCGGUGUUGUUGGAUUCUGGACAUGGGCAUUCUGCUUUUCGAAAUUACCCGAAUUGGUUGACACGGUAUUCAUCGUUCUACGCAAACAACCGCUGAUUUUUCUUCAUUGGUAUCAUCAUGCAUCGGUUCUGAUCUACUGUUGGUUUAGUUACCAAGAUUACAGUUCCACUGGAAGAUGGUUUUGUGGAUUGAAUUAUGUUGUUCAUGGUAUCAUGUAUUCCUAUUAUGCUUUGCGUGCAUUGAAAUUCCGUAUUCCACGGUGGGUAUCAAUGAUCAUAACGCUGCUUCAGCUAAGUCAAAUGAUCAUUGGUUGCUAUAUUAAUUUAAAAGCAUGGCAAUAUAAGAAGAAUGGUGAAAUGUGUCAAGUAACUGAUGAAAAUUUGAAAGUCUCGUUAAUAAUGUAUGGCACAUAUUUUCUAUUGUUUGCUCAUUUCUUUCUUGGUUCGUAUAUAUACAAAACAAAGCGAGACAAUAAGCAAGACGACAAGCAACAGGAGAAGAAAAAAGUUAAACCAAAGAAAGUCGAUUAG